AGAGUAGGGCGGGAUAUUAUCUUCGCCGUCCUAGGAAACGCAAACUCACCCACUGGACGGGGGAAGGGAAGCUGAGAUUGGAGGGAGAAACAUUCAGAAACUAAGUUUUCAGAUGUUGUGUGCAUACGCCCGUCCGUCUCCACAUCUCCCCGGACUCCUUCUCUUCUGUUUCGUGUCCGGCUGAAGACGUAACCCGCAGCGACGGUGCCGGCCGGCCGAGCCAAUCCGCAGCUGUCCCUUCGCCUCUCGGGUGCGUCCUGGAUCCAGAGUGAUGCAGCGUCUUGGUCGGGAAGAAGCCAUGUCAGCGUCCAGCGUCUGUCCCGUGCGGCUGAGGAAGCAGGACGCACGUUCCCAGGACACUUUGAGGGGUUUCCCGCUGUCUGCUCUGGUGCACUGAUACCUGCACUGCUUCCUGUCAGCACACGCACUCCCAGCAGGGUUUCCCCCCAAAAAAACGUUGUUUAUAGGGCGAAAUGAAGGACUUUGAAUAGCAGUUUGUUUUCCGGCGUGCUGCCAUAAAGUGCCGGCCUGAGGGCGUUAAUGUAAGUUGUGAAGCCCGGACGCAAGUCUUUUUUUUAGGGGCUAGACAAGUCACAGACUGAUUGCGGCAUUAAUGUAGAGCCUUAAUACCUUCUGUGAAAACAGAAUUAAAGACGGAAUCACGAAAUUAGGAAUUUAAAAGAAGCUAUAAGACUAUAAGAUUCCCUAUAUUAAGUCCGUGCUAAAAGCUAACUGGAGAUUUUGAAAAUACGACUACGUGUAAGUUUCCAACCUACCUAAAAACUACGUGAAUACGUUAAAGAAUAAUUCCCCAGUGGCUUAGCCCCCCCCUCCCCCACCCACCAGGCGGGGGAAAGACUGCACUCAAGCUAAGACUUUAAAAGGAGCUAUUACAACCCAUCUUGCUGCCGUCAGACAAUCAUCGCGAUCACGCAUCUAAAAUGCACAGCGUGGAUUUCCUGUGCCAGUGACAGUUCUGGGGGCUCCUCCUGCUCUGCUGACCGUGGACGCUGAGGUAUCGAAACAUAGGCUACAGGUGCACGGCAGAAACCAUGGGGCCCGUCCCGGCCCGCCACUACAGGAGCCUGUAGGGGCCAGAAUCAGGAGCACGCUCACCGGACAACCCAGUCGAAUGCGAUGGAGGAGGACAUCGAUGUCUCGUCCCACUCUGAGGGCCUGAAUGGUUUGUCCCGUGAAUGUAAACCAGGAGAUGACAUCACCAAUGGACACUCCAAUCACAAGCCUGUGAUGAACGGACUGAUAGUCAGUCAUAAUGUCAACGACCACACCAACGGGAGCACGCCGCUCACAUCCCUGCCGAUUUCAGCGCUGAAGCAGAACGGUCUCCUGCAGACGCUGUCAGCAGGAGGAGACCAGCUGCAGGCUGCAGAGGAAAAUGUUGAGUUGGAAAAGGCCAGAGAGGAGUGGGACGCUCUGGAGAACGUCCAACCAGCUCUCUGUGAGGACUCGAACCCGACCCCGAUCAUUUCCUUUAACGAAGCGCUGCAGUUCUUCCAGACCACAGACCUCGGGGACUUGCUGAAGAACAUUCAGCCGACCAUUCGCAGGACAGGUCUGGCGGCGAUCACGCACUUCCUCUUCGGACCGCCGCGGCUGCACAGGGAGCUCCUGGAGGAGAGGGACCUGGUCUUCGCCAUCGCACAGUGCCAUGUGGACAACAGCCAAACCGUCCACAUGCGAGUCCUCCAGACCAUCUAUAAGCGGCUGAUUGGCAGCAGGCUGGACUGUCCUCGCUUCGGGGCACACUGGGAACACAUCGGCUUUCAGGGUACAGACCCCGCCACUGACCUGCGUGGCACCGGUUUCCUGGGACUGAUGCACACGCUGUACUUUGUGAUGGACCCGGAGACUCUGCCGCUGGCUCGAGACAUCUACAAGUUAUCACAGCACCCCACACAGAACUUUCCAUUCAGUGUGAUGUCCAUCAACAUGACGCGCAUCGCUCUGCAGGUGCUCCGAGAGGAAGCCUUGUCCAAGGAGUGCAACCGUCGUCAGCAGGUGGUCGGUGUCCUGAAUGAGUUCUACGUUGCCACGUACCUGCACCUGUACCAGCUGUGGAAGACCCAACAGAAGACCAUCGUUGACUCGGGCUUUGUGCUGAAAGAAGUGGAGCUGUUUGCCAAAAAGAACCCCAAGCAGAUGCUGCGCCGACUCGAGGUCUUCCUGAAAGAGAGGCGGGCCGGCGGGAUCCCCCGCGGCACGUCGCCGGACCCUCAGGCCCAGCAGGCGUCUCCCAGCCUGGGGGGCCGCGCCGGGACCGGCCUGGGCAGCAGGGGGAAGGAGAUGCACUUCACAGGAGUGUGUGAUCUGCCGCCGGACAUGGAGGGAGAGGCCAGACUCAUCUAAGCUAGACUCUGAGUGAGUGAGUGAGUGAGUGUGUGUGUGUGUGUGUGUGUGUGUGUGUGUGUGUGUGUGUGUGUGUGUGUGUGUGUGUGUGUGUGUGUGUGU